UUCUCUCAGUGUCCGAACAUGGGAGAAGCUCUCUCUUUAUAGAUCUCUCCUACUUCUCCGCUUUCUCUCUCUCUCUAAAAAAUUUUCUAUUUCUCUCUCUAGAAAUCCAAAAGCACGGUGUUGGAUGCGUAUUCAUACAGGAACGAACCAAAUCAAUAGACCAAAAAAACUCUUAUUUUUUCUCUCUCUUUGAAGAUCCUCUCAUUCUCUCUCUAGAAUCUACAUAGCACAUGUUCUUGUUGCUUGGAGAAAUUGGAAACCCUAGAGUGAGAACGGGUCUCAUCUGCUGCUGAUCUUGAUGAAGCAGUCUUGGCGAUGGAAGAGGAUCGCCAUCCUCUAUUUGCUCUCUCUUUCUGUCUUCUGUCCACUUAUUUUACUCUCUGAAAGGCUCAAGCAUGUAGUUUUUUUAGGGAAGAAAGAGUUUGUGGAGGAUUUACCGAGUAUUAAGUAUAGGAGAGAUGGUGAAACACUUAGUGUUGUCGAGACGGAGGAGGAUGAAGGCUUAAAAGAGCCAGACCUAGUUGUGUACAGAGACGGAUCCAAGGAGAAUCCCAAUUCCAACAUUUCCAGUGGGUUUACUGCUGAUUUGUUGGGAAAAAAUGGUACUGAACACAAAGUGAAGGAAGAAAACAAGCAAAAUCCACAGAAAAAAUUAGCAACAACUUCUGGAGGAAAGCAGGAGCAAUCUAGCUUGACAAAAGUUCAACAUGACCAGAGUGUACGGUCCCAACCACAGAGGGUGACUGAUGAGAAGAUAAAACAGAUAAGAGAUCAAGUGAUUAGGGCAAAAGCAUACUUGAAUCUUGCACCACCAAGCAGCAAUUCCCACCUAGUGAAAGAGUUAAGACUACGAAUUAAAGAGCUGGAGCGGGCUGUGGGUGAAGCCACCAAGGAUUCAGAUUUGUCAAGGAGUGCUUUGCAGAGGAUGAGAACCAUGGAAGCAUCCUUAUCCAAAGCAAGUCACAUUUAUACAGAUUGCUCUGCUUUAGUCUCCAAGCUCCGAGCCAUGACUAACAGGGUAGAAGAACAGGUUCGGGCACAGAAGAGUCAAGCAACGUAUCUGGUUGACCUUGCUGGAAGGACGACCCCAAAAGGCUUUCACUGCCUUACUAUGAGGCUGACAGCUGAAUAUUUUGCCCUGCAGCCUGAGGAGCAGAAUUUCCCUAACCAAGAAAAAUUGAAUGAUGGAAAUCUCUAUCACUAUGCUGUCUUCUCUGAUAAUGUUCUGGCCUGUGCCGUGGUUGUGAAAUCUACCAUCUCCAAUGCUAUGGAUCCAGAGAAAAUUGUGUUCCAUGUCGUGACGGAUUCGCUCAACCACCCAGCAAUGUUGAUGUGGUUCUUAUUAAAUCCUCCUGGUGAAGCUACUAUACAGAUCCAGAGUGUAGAGAAAUUUGAAUGGUUGGCUGCCAAAUAUAAUUCAACAUUGAAGAAGCAAAACUCCCACGAUUCAAGAUAUACUUCUGCACUGAACCACCUUCGUUUCUAUCUGCCAGAUGUCUUCCCUCAACUUGAUAAGAUUGUGCUCCUUGAUCAUGAUGUGGUGGUGCAGAGAGAUCUGAGCAGACUUUGGAGUGUUGAUAUGAAGGGUAAAGUAAAUGGAGCAGUGGAGACUUGUCAGGAAGGUGAGCCUUCAUUCCAUCGGAUGGAUAUGUUUAUCAACUUCUCUGAUCCAAUGGUGGCUGAGAGGUUUGAUGCCAAGACAUGCACAUGGGCAUUUGGGAUGAAUUUAUUUGAUCUGCAUGAGUGGAGGCGGCAGAAUUUGACAGCUGUCUACCAUAAAUACCUUCAAAUGGGACUUGAGAAUCCGUUGUGGAAGGCUGGGAGCUUGCCCUUAGGUUGGGUCACCUUCUACAAGCGGACAGUUGCUUUGGACAGGAGAUGGCAUGCCCUUGGAUUGGGCUAUGAGUCUGGUGUGGGGCGGAGCCAGAUUGAGCGAGCAGCUGUAAUCCAGUACGAUGGAGUCAUGAAGCCAUGGUUGGAAAUUGGAAUUUCAAAGUACAAGGGCUAUUGGAGCAAACACCUAAACUAUGACCACCCUUUAUUGCAACAGUGCAACAUACACGAGUAGUUAAAAAUCCACAACAUGAGAAGUGGUAUAGAUUGAUCCACUCCAUAGCACGUACGAGUAACGUCACAUGUUCAAUUAAUUCUUUUUCUUCAAUCAUUUCUCAUGUACAUUUCGGCUCAUUUUUACCCAAUUUUUUCAGCUAUAAUCUUCUUGGAGCUGAGUCAAAUUAUACGGUUAUACCAAUAAUGGAAAUGAACUUACCGUCAUUUCUGGAUUUUGUAAUUCUGCUACUUGUGUAUAUAAUUCAUCUCAGAUGCUCAUGUAGUCUCAGACAGAUGACUUGCUUUCAACUUACCGAUCAACUUCUCUGCUAUUUUAUGUUCGCA